UAAUCUAUGUUGUAUAACAACUGACGUGUUCCCCACCCUACUAGUUACCAGACCUGUAUGUAAGCCGUGCAACUGACUGACCAUAUGGAUUAUGGACGAACGUGUGCACGUCAUUGAAAUUUUUUGCUAGAGGUCGUUCGCCGAAAUCCGCCGAUGAUAUUCAAGCAUUGAGGUUAUACUUUCAGCUGGUUACACCAACUGACAAGCUCGUGGAAGAAGAAAAAUGGCUAAAGUACUCGUCGAAAAAGACGUUCCCAGUGCUAUUAAACGACUGGUUAACAUCAUUCAAGAUAGUGCCAACGAUGCGAUAUCGAGUGACGAUGUCUUCAAAAUCGGUCUAUCAGGUGGUUCACUCAUCAAUUAUUUAGCAGAAGGUUUGCCCACCAUAACAACAGACUGGUCUAAAUGGCGGUUUUUUUUCUGUGACGAGAGAGUAGUACCUUUCAAUAAUGAGGAAUCGACGUAUGGGGUCUACAAGAUGCACUUGAUGGGAAAGAUUCCCAUAACAGAAGAGCAAUUCAUCAAAAUUAAUCCCGAUCUCUCAGCCGAAGCAGCAGCCAAAGAUUACAUCAAAAAAAUGUCCGUUUACUUUCCACCGGACAGUAUACCAAAGUUCGAUGUACUACUCCUGGGACUGGGACCCGACGGUCACACUUGUUCCCUCUUUCCCAAUCACCGAUUGCUCGAAGAAACUAGCGUCUGGGUAAGCUCGCUGAAUGACUCACCGAAGAUACCACCAUCUCGAAUAACGCUAACAUUCCCAGUUAUAAAUAAUGCAAAAGUAUGCAUUUUUACCAUUACCGGAGAGGCUAAAGCAGACAUCAUAAAGCGUAUUUUAAAAGACAAAGAAAACUUGCCAGCUGCCAGAGUACAACUGAGCAACGGAGAGUUGUAUUGGAUUCUCGACGAAGCGGCAGCGAAACAUGUUAAACCAACUUAAAGAAUAUGCUAUUUGGCACAAACUGUAACACGGGUCUGUGUAAAAAAAUUUACAACAUUCCACGACUUUUUGUCUCUUUAAAGUGAGCUUAUCAUUGCGAUACUUAUGGUAAAUACUAUUGUUUUAUACAAUACAUGAGUAGAUACGAUAUAUAUGUAUACACAUUG